GGCUCAGCUCUAGCGCCGAAGCCUUGGGCUGAAUGCCCAAGAUGCGCUUGUUGGCCUUCUUGGUCUUGAGGGCUUUGGCUGAAGAAGCCUGCAUCGGUGGCAUCUGGGGAUUUCCCCCAACGCCGGCAGAGGAGCCUGAUGCGGAUGCUUUGGUCCAGACGUUGACGCACAAGGUUGCGACGAACGCCUCAGUGGCAUCGCACAGCUCAAGCAGUUUGGACUGCUCUAGUGUUCACGUGAAGAUGCAGCGCGGGAUUAACAUCGGCAACACCUUCGACUACCCGGGCAGCAGCAGAAAAGUGGAGGACGUGAGCAAGCACGUGAAGUGGGCUCAGGAACAAGGUUUCCAGCACAUCCGUCUCCCCGUGACCUGGGACGGCCAUUUCGAUGCGGACUCGAGCCUCGCAAAGUCUGUGACGGCUGUGGUGGACUACGCCAUCGGGCUGGGCCUCUACGUGGUGAUCAACACCCAUCACGAGAAGUGGCUGAAAGACCACUACGAUGGCUCCAAGCAUUUCCAAGACCAGUUCUGGAAUCUCUGGAAAGACAUCGCCACGCACUUCAAGAACAGGAGCAGUCUGCUGAUCUUCGAAAUCCUGAACGAGCCGGAGAACGCCUUCGGCUCUUGGUCCGGUCCAUGGCCAAAGCCUUUCGAUCAGCUUUCCAUUGACCGCACUCGGGAGAUCAACGCCGUUGGCUACGAUGCGGUGCGAAAGGUCUCCCAGGACCGUAUGGUUUUCCUGAGCCCCAACGCUAUGGCCAACAUAGCCACUGCGAGCUACGUCUAUCCAAAUCCAACGAACCUGCCGGGUGACGGCUCUGAUGCGUGCUUGGGCGUGACGGUGCACACCUAUGACCCCUGGGACUUUGCCGGAGACACGGGGCACAACUCCUACUACGGCACGGUGGAGCGCAUGAAGCUAGGUCUCUACGACGUGUUCAGAGAUCUCCACAUCUGGCAGUUUGGUAGCGGCACCAAGCUCUAUAUCGGCGAGUACGGCGUGGGGCGCAGGGAGUGCUGCUACGAGGAAAGGAACAGCGAGCUGGUGCGGGAGUACUACAGGUUCGUGGCCAACCACUUCCGCGCGAACGGCUGGGCCUGCGCUGCUUGGGACGACCCAGGUUGGUUUGCCAUCUACAGCAAACCGGAGUUCGGAAUUCAUCAGCACAUGCUUUUGCCCUACUGAUCCAAAGCGAGAGGCUAUCGCGUAUAGAGGGGAGCAGCUUUAUGGCAUCACUCAUGGUAGAUCAGGGCUCCU